UUUAAAAAUCAUUUCAAAUCGGAGUAAAAAGGCAUCUUCUACCCCCACAGCCGCAUUAUUUUAGUUAUUUUCCGUUCACUGGGCCUUUCGGGAGAGCGCAACGCUUGAAAUGUCGUCCGUCACGCAGACCAAAACCUCGGAAACGCCAAAAGUGCAGCCGCGUGCAUACGGAAAAAUAGUUUUGACCUUAGAAAAUUGCAUUUUGCCCGAUUUGGACAAGCCCACGCCAUCGGAGGCAGAUGGAUUGGAUCGCGAAACGGAAACGGACUUGCGAAUAUUGGGAUGCGAGUUGAUCCAGACAGCGGGAAUCUUGCUGAAACUGCCACAGGUCGCCAUGGCAACAGGUCAAGUUCUAUUCCAGCGCUUCUUCUAUUCCAAGUCCUUUGUGCGUCACAGCAUGGAAGCCACAGCAAUGAGUUGCAUCUGCCUCGCCUCCAAAAUCGAAGAAGCCCCCCGACGAGUUCGUGAUGUCAUCAACGUUUUUCAUCACAUCAAACAAGUGCGCGCCCAAAAACCGCUGACGCCCGUCAUCCUGGACCAAGCGUACAUAAAUUUGAAGUCGCAAGUGAUCAAGGCGGAACGUCGUGUCUUGAAGGAACUCGGAUUUUGUGUGCAUGUCAAGCAUCCCCACAAGCUGAUUGUGAUGUACUUGAAGUAUUUGGAGUUUGAGCAGCAUCAACAGAUGAUGCAAAUGGCCUGGAAUUACAUGAACGACUCAUUCCGGACCGACGUUUUUAUUCGAUUCCAACCCGAGAAGAUCGCCUGUGCCUGUAUUUAUCUCACGGCACGCACUUUGGGCAUCCCCCUGCCCAAUAAUCCGCCGUGGUAUGGCGUUUUCAUGACAACCGAGGCCGAAAUCAUCGAUAUUUGUUUCCGGAUAUUGGCGUUGUAUCGUCGCAAGAAGCCCUCGAUCGAAAAACUGGAAAAAGCAGUGGAAGAACUGAAAGAUGCGUAUCAGGAGCAACGGAAAAAAGACAAACCGGGGCAAAGUACGCCGCCUGCUGUGGUGAUGGUGGAUCGCACGAACGGGUCGCAUAAUGCGUGGGGCGGAUUUAUAUCGAGAGCGUUGCCCGUGACCACAACCGAUGACAAUGACAAGGAAAAAAGUCCAUCGAAGAAACAAUCAUCUAAGAGUAGGAGUCGCAGUAGGAGUAGAAACAGUAGAUCGACGUCACGAAGCCCACCGGAUGACAAAUAUCAUCAUCGACGCGGCAGGAGGAGCAGGACACGGAGCAGGAGUCGUUCGAGGACGCCGUCGCAUAAGAAGAACAAGAAGAGGAAUUAUUCGAGGUCGAGUUCGCCGUCGCCGAUUCGGUCGAAACAUAAGAAAAGUGAUAAAAAAUACGACAGACGUUCCCGUUCCAACGACCGCUACACAAACGGCGACAAACGUGAUCGUUCCCGGGACCGCUACGACUACGACUACGAUCGCUACGAGCGAGAUCGCGACCGAGACCGUUACGAUUCCAAAAGUUACUCCAAAAGUCGGCGAUCUCGCGAAAAGGAUCGCAGCAACGGCAAGGACAAGUAUCGCAGUGACCAUCAUUCGUCGAGCAAGUAUCGCGACAGAUCACGAGACCGAAGGAGAUAAAUUUAUUAAAAAAAAUUGUUAAAUAUUGAUAUCUAGUUCGUAAGUAGUUAAAUCGUGAGAUACAAAAGAGAAACUAUUUUAUACAAUUUAAAACAAGAAAAAAAUAGAUUUUAAUACAAAUAACGAGAAAAGACAAAAAAAACUUUGAUUUUCGGUGUAAUUACGGUCUCGUCUCAGGUUUUCAUGAAAAAUCGGCAACUUUAAAAUGAAAGAAAAAAAAAUUAAGAAAAAAAUGUUAAAAAGAGGCCAUUAGACUUACCUACUU